AUGGCGACGACAAAACAAAGUCUAGUCCCAAAUACCGUCUUGGUGUCUGACAUUGUCAAUUACACCGACAGUGAGCUGGACCGUUACAUAGCCAUGAACGGCAGAAGCAUCUUCGCAGAUCCAAAGACGUUGACGGAAGACUUUUUGCAGCGAUUAAGAGAUCGAGCUUCAGGGGCCUAUAUUCCCGCUCAAAGCUUGGUUGAUCUUGAUGAGGUUACGAACCGACUGGAGAAGGAGGGUCCAGAACGGCUUGCACGUGCUCCCUCCCCACCCUCAACCUUGUCCAUGGAUGAUGAGGAAUCAUAUCAUUAUGACCUAGAUCAAGAUACGGAUGUUUACAACUGUCUUGUCAGCGAGGGUGGGCGACCUUCGCAUCCCGUCAGCCUUGGACGAGAUAUUCUGGCAGACCCAGGACCCUAUCGAGAUAUCAUAUCUUACUGGCAAAACGGAAAUGAACAAAACUGGCGGAUUUUCGAAUCACAACAAGGAGAGUGGAGGACAUUUUGCGUCUUCCAACGGACUAACCGAUGCAAAAAUCGCUUCCCAAAGUUUGUUAAAAUUCUUCAGGACACCUUGGCCAGGCAUGACUUUAAGCAUCCCUACACACUCAGCGAAGAUCCCAAAGUACAGGAUAAAUUGUCCAUGUGGAUUGAGUUUCUUGCUUACGAAAAUUGGCUAUAUGAUAAAGACAUGGCAUUCUUGAGCCGCAAUCGACCCCAAUACGUGAAGGCAUGGAAGAAGCUUGUGGACUCCAAUGUACUGAGACCCGAUGAGACCGAAGAGUCUGUAUGGAAACAAGGCUUCGCAGGUAGACUCAAAGAUGUGAAUGAAGAAGAGGCUGCUGGAAAGGCGGUAGAGGCUGCAAAGGUAUCUGUAACUUUGGCCGAGAACCGUCUGGCCCGCUCGAGCCAUUCCGAUACCGCAUCUAAACUUCUUCCAGCAGCAGCUCAGUCUCAGCUAGACACUGCAGUCAGACGUUUUGAGUCCAUUAAGAGGCGAAUUGACGGCCUGAUUGAUUUCGAGUCAAAAACAUAUACAUUAAACGUUUUGUGCUACCCCCCGAAACGAAGCUACCAACUCACUACACACGACGCGGAGCGCCGUCCCAUUUUAAUACGUUGGAUUGUAGAGCAGAUACCUUUGAUCAAGGCCGAAUUAGAGUCGGUAAUUGGGAGUGAAAAUCGCAAAAAAAGUCCUAAUAUUCAGAAACCGUCUCAUGAAGGUCGUAAGACGGGGACAUCCCCCCCCAAGAACUUCGAAAAUUUGACCUUAGAUCAUCUAGUUUUAACAGAUCCAACCGCUCAACAAGAGAAGCCAACCGAUCCCAAUGGCACCUCUGGUGCGAGAUCACCACUUAAUUCACGACGCACUCUCCGCUCACCUCUUGCCAAAAGGCCCACUAUUGAGUCCGGUGCCACAGAAGCGAAUGCAAGAAGAGCGAAGAAAGCAAAGUCAAAGUCGUCGAUUAAAGAGACAUCAUGCUCGACGGGAAAAGCCGACUCAAAUGGCUCAACGGCUCAGUCGUAUUUCCCCAGGAGGAGCACACGAACAAAAAGGCCACCGGAUAGGUUUCAAUAG